UUUUGCUGAGCAUAAAAAUGGCCGACCAUGAGCACCACCAUCACGGAGAAGAGGGACACGGUGACUGUAGUGAUGCGCCUCCUUUCACAGAAAACGACCUAGUAAGCAAGACAGACCCUUUCCCUCAAAUGAAGGCAUGGGAGGAAGAAGGGAAAUCUGAUGAGUUCCCGUUAAGAACUCUCAGCACAGUCUCAGAGGAUGGGAUGCCUUCCUCUCGUUAUAUUGGUCUUGUCAUCACUGACAGUGGUAUCAAAUUCAUGACAUGUGACAAGAGUAACAAAGCAAACGAGUUCAGCUCAAACCCUAAGGCGUGUGCAUUGUUUUAUUGGCCCUCCCUGGACAGGCAAAUGAUAGUCAAGGGCAGGGUGGAGAAACUCCCUCGGGAAGAGUUCCUUGAGAUGUAUAAGUUUUGUCCGUCACGCGAUUGCCAGGUGACGGUAAAUAUGGGAGAUCAGGACGAAGUUCUGAGCGGAUACGAGGAGCUGAUGGAAAGGCGCAGGGAGACUGAGGCUAAGUUUAAAGGUGUGGAGCCACUCCCUCCUCCUGAUUCUUGGCAGUGCUAUAUCCUCCAGCCGACUUACUUUGAGUUUUAUCAGGGCCAUCACAACUGGCAGUCUGACAGGAUUGUCUUUACACAGAGCCCUGAUUCCACGUGGUCUGUCAAACGGUUCCUUCCUUAACUUUGAUUGCAAUCAUUCAUUCAUUCAUUUAGAUCUACUACUAUCUACUAACUUCAUUUUUGUUACUUCAGUUAUUCUGUACUUGUGAUUUCUUUAGUUUUUUUGCAAAACUAAUAAUUUUA